AUGGCACUUUGUAAUUUUCUUUUAAAUCUCUUUAGAUCUUUCUCUCCAUUACUCCUAGAUCGCUCCUCGGAACCCAACAUCGGCCUUCCUUUUGAGUUGUGGCUUCGUAUCUAUUCACCAAGCCUACGUGAUUGUUUAGUAAGCCGUGGUUGCGUCACCGUUGCUAUACUGAGUGAACUUAUCAACCAGAAUAACUCAGAUGCCGACCGAUCCGCGCACUACACCCAUUGCUCAAUCCAUCUUCGCGACGUGCACUUGGAACGGACCAAUGGUCGACUGAACUUAGGCCUGACAUACAGUAUGCGGGAUAUGAAACCACCCAUUCGCAAAACUACUCGUUCACCACCUCAAUUGAUCACUUUUAACAGUUCGAUGCCGUCGCAGUCGGCGUCCGAACAUUUCUCCUAUCCUGAUGUGCAGCUGAUCCAGAAUGUAUGCCUUCCUGGGGUUCGGAUGACGGUUCAGCUCCAUGGCUUGACUGGUUUGGCCCCCUCGUCGAAAUCCCCACGGUCGGUUGGUUUUUGUGGACACGUUCGCUUACACUGCCUCCUUAUUCGGAACACUGGUUCAGUGGGAUCCGAAUCGUGCCAGUGUUUGGUACUCGGCUCAGCUGCAUCUAAUCACCUACGUGGUUCCUAUUUUGCAAAUAAUUUGGACACUAACUUGGAAGUACUGCUUCCCUUUUCAUGGCGUUGCCUGUCAACGGGAUCACCCGCAGAGCCUUAUCGGGACUUGAAUGUGAUUGAGCUGUUGUUGAACGGGGAGGAAAUGCUGCCGUUUCACUCCGCCGCACAGUCAUUUUCCAAGUGGGCUCUUAUCGUUCAGGUGGAUCUCUGGCAACAGUCAUCGGUGGAUAACAUAGCUGUCGAUCUGCUAAACAGUGAAAAGUCAAACUUUUUGGACAUGGGAUGGAGUGAGUUGUGUUUCUCCGAGGUGGCAAUUUGCAUCAGGUAA